UGAUAGUAAAAGCUUGCAUCAGCUGCUGGUUGACACCCCUGUCCAAAAACAGGAAAAACCAGCUGUCUGCCUUUGUUUUUUAACCUAGGGAAGUCCAGGCUGCAGCAGGUGACAGUUCAGCUGCCCAGGUGAUUGACACCCCUGUAAUGUAUUGGACCCUGCAGAAUUCUCGGCGUGACGUCAUUUGACAGGUCCAGGAAUUUGAGGUAAACAAGGAAUUCUCUAGGAAUGAGGUCAAUAAUAUGGGCAGCAAAUGGACAGAGGUCAUGGAACAUCUCUGAAUAUGCUAAUUAGCUGCAGCUGUUUGUGUUUAUUAUUAUUAUUAUGUGUCUGUUUGUUUAUGUAGCAAGCAGGAUGCAGAGAAUUCCUGACUAUCAAUGUUUUGUUACAAUGUUUCAAUGUCCCAGAAUGCACCGCAGGCCAUUGUUAACAACCGAGAGAUUAUUGCUGCUAUUUGAAUUAAUGCAGGAAUCCAUGCCUUUAUAAAGUGUGCCUGGUUAUUACAUAUGCUCGCCCCAGGCCACAGCCUUCACGCUCUUAAAGGGGACAUUACUUAUUAAGCAGACUAAUGGAAGCAUCCAGCAAUGAUCACAGCUCAGUGAGAUUACUUAACCCAGGAGCCCCAGCCCUUGUAGAACCAGCUGCAACUCAAUGCUACAAUUAAUCCUUAAUAGGAAACACAUUGAGUGUGUAGAAGCAGUUUCCGUGUUUGUUUUUUAUUGUUUUGUAUUGGAGCUGGUGUGUACUAUAGUCAUUGCUCCUGCCCAGGAGUAGUGGAUGUUUGACUCAGGGCGAAUUUCUUUGACAUUAAAUGUCAAGGGUUAAUAAGUAAGAAACAAAGUGAAUUGUUAGUGUAGCACACACCCAAGAGGCUUUGCCUUGACAUGGCAGGUGAGCUUAGAUUUUAAUAGCCAGUCGAGUGAUGCUGGGGAUGAUGUGUACUAUAGUCAUUGCUCCUGCCCAGGAGUAGUGGGACUUUGGGCACAGGGUUUAGUUUUGUAUGCUAGAAAAAUAUUUUAUUCGGUAUUGCUAUAUUUUUGUGUUUCUAUAUAAUUUGUUGCAUAGUCAUUAUUUGUAUUUAGUUUUUUUUUUUUUUUUUUUAAACUAGUCACUUUUGUGACUGCAUCACAUCAGUAAUUAACAGGUGAACACUGUGAUUGUGAAGUGAGUUGGAGUUUAUUUAAGCAAUUAUAAGCAUUCAGGUUUAAGUUUGGAGGUUUGAAGAGUGGGGUCAUGCUGAAGUUUUAGAGGAUUUAGGGAUUGUGGUGGUGGGUCAACCUAGAGUUUAGAGAACAUGUGGUUUGAGGCCAGCAUUAGGCUGAGGUUUAGAAAAGUUAGGGUUUGGUUGGGGCAUACCCCACAGUAAACACUAUCUUCUGCUGGUAGACUAUUCUGUUUUUAUUAUAAUUAAUAUAAACUGAUUAAACACUAUAUUACUAUACUAUUCACCAGUUUGUGUAUACUUAUACCUUGCAGGGAGUCCUUCCAAACAUUCCAUUUAUUUCUGAGCGUACUUGUGGAAUCAAUCAUCGUAGAAUGUCCUUGGCUUUUGGUGGAAAAAGAUUCUCCUGGGAACAAACCAUAAAUAAAACGCUGCCUAUAUAAAUCUAUAGUGAUACUGUUGUAAAUGGCUUUUUUAUUCAUUAUAGAUCCCAGUCUGAUUUCCCCACUCCAUAAUGGUUAAUAUUGAAGAACUCUACGAUGACGAUUUGAUUCACAUUCUGCUUGCUGUCCCGGCCAGGACCCUGAUUCUCCGAUGUAGAAAUGUCUGCAAUAAAUGGAAAGAAAUUAUCGAAUCCUCUGCUUUCUGGAAUCUGAAAUGUCACCACAUGGGUUAUGUCCUCCCGAACCAUGUACAAAGACCUCUGAACUGGAAAAUGUUUGUCUGCAUGCCGACAAUGAAACAGAACUUGCUAAGUAACCCGCGAGCUAAGAGUAGGAGCUUUGAAGUUUUAAUUUAUUUUUUAUUUUUUGCUGUGACACUGAAGUGAGCUAGAUUGAUUUCACAAUGUGGUAACAGAGUUUUUUUUUAUGGGGGAAAUUAGAGCAAAAGUAUAAAUGAUGGAGGACUUUAGCACUGCAGAUGUUUGUAGACUACAUUUCCCAUGAUGCUGUGAUGCUAUCUAUGGGAUUCUCUUUGCAUUUUUCUGUCUUUGUCUCCACUUCAAUUUAGUCAGUCAGUGACUUUUGUCAUUUUCUUUUGUAAAUCUCUUUUUAUUAGAAAUAAUAAGUAACAGGACAGUUGUACACAUGGGACUCGCAGAUCCUCAGCAGUAAGUAGAGCAAAAAAGGAAGAAAAGAAAACAACAAAUGUAAAACUCAUGCAGUAGGUGUGUUUAGGUGCCUUUAUGUUCCUAGGCUGGUCGUAGCUCUGAGGUUUUCCAACAGUUAAUAAGUCAGCUACCGUCCUGUCGCCCACAGUCUCUUCUGUGAUCUGUCAGGGGAUGUAGCGUUCUGCCUCCUGACCAACCGUGAUUGUACAGCUAUGACUUGUAGCACAGUUUUUCCUGUACCUGGGCAGAUGAGCUGUACCAAGCUCUAUAGCAUACGACUCUUGUCCCUGUUCUCUAGUGGGAAGGCGCAGGUCCUUGGCAAUAUAGGAGAUAUGUAUCGGUGUAUGCUGGGUAAAAUUUUUGUGUUCAUGAAGGCUGUCCCGUUACAGGUAACCUUUGGUUAGUCUGCGUCUAUAUUUCUAAGUUCUGCUGACGUAUGUAAUUUCUUGUUGGUUGUGUGACUUUUGUCAUUUUGUGACUGAUCUUUCCAGUGGGUCAUCCAUGGCCCUGCUCGUUUUCUGGAGAAGGAAGGAUGUUGCAGGUUGUUUGCACCAUUACCUAUUUUAUGUAGGGUUGCUGUACCAACAUUUCCAAAUAAUUUAUCUACAAAUUCCUGUAGACUUUAAUAAUGACUUCUAUAGAUAAAUGACUUAGAAACUUUUCUGACAGUAUGGAAUUAUUCGUAAAGCUCAUUAAAUCGAAGCUUAGUUCCUUAGUACAUUGACAUUGCUUGACCUGUAUAUUGACAAAUCUACCCGUUUGCGGUUUUUGUCUCAUUUAGGUAAAGGAACGGUGUUAGGCCUGGCCAUUUUAAUAUGCUGCCUGUCUCUUUCUUACCUGCAUGCUUUCUGACUUGAUUUUUGCCUAUACUUUACAAGUAGGGUCAACAUAUAUCCUGAGAGAUACUCAGUCAAAGCAUCAUGGGAAAUGUUGUUUUGAAACAUCUGCAGUGCCAAAAUUAGCCCUUACUGGCCAUUAUGGUGGUAGAAAUUGGGUUUCAGGACACAUACUGCCUUUUCAAGCUCGCAUAUCGACAAUGUGUGAGAUUAAAUGCAUUGUGGGUAAGUUCACAGGCAGAGAACUUUUUUUUUUUUUUAAAUCACAUUUCACAUACUAAAUACAGCAGAUGUGAUGGAUAUGGAGAUAUGUGUGUGUGUGUGUGUGUGUUUAAAUAAUACUCUGAAUUCAGUUAAAUUUUUGGUGAAGUCGCUAAAACUGUGAGAGCCCUAAAUAUGUGCCAUUGUGCUGAACACCUGUUUUGUUUUCUUCUCACACCUAGCAAUGCGCUUGGUUUUUUUCUCGCUGUUUUGGAAUAGGUUUGAUUAAAAUCAGGGGACUCCUACCACUCCUAGUCCGCCCCCUUCUUCUGAAAACUCAGAUUGCCUCAUCUUUAAGUAUUGUCCUAUUAAUAUAUUAGCUGAUAACAAGUUCAACCAUUGGCCUUUACAAUACAUACUAUGCAAAAGGUAGACCUUUCUCGUUCAUUUUAGUGAUAGGAAGAAACGAACACAAUAAAAAUUACAAAUGUGAAGACUUUCGGAGUCGGUAACCGCAGAUGACUUGUGGAUUAUUGAAGAUUUGUGAUGCUUAUGCCCGGUUCUCUACAUAUAAGGCGUCUGUGGUAAUACGUUUCAGAUUGCCUCAUUGUGUGGCAGGCUGUGACGCUCGGCUUUGUAAGUAAUUUCAGAACCAGCUGGGGUUUUCUGGGGGUUUUUUUUGCUGUGAGAACCCUUUUUCUGUAUAAAUUGAAGCCUGACACUCGGAUUCCUUGGACCAUAAGCACUAUAAUAAACCAUAGUGGUUACGGUGCUUAGAAAGUCCCUUUUUAAAGUACUUUGAAAAUAUUCUGAUUCAUUACUUAACAAACAAAUAGUAACUUGACGUCAAUACAGAGAAUUACAAUAAAAGAUCUGUGGAUUGUGCUUCGUUAUUGACAAGAUGUAGAUCUAUAAUAGAGAGGAGAGGUAAUGAUAAUGAAUAGUGCUUUCCAUGUCCCAUUAGGCCCUCAUACCAGAUACAUUGCUACUCUCCCCACCAAAAUCCAUAAGGUUUAUUUAUUUUUCCAAUGAUAAGAGCAGCAACGCUUGUAUAAAAAACCAAAUAGUUAAGAGUCUGAUAAAAAGUACUUAUUGUAAGAUUAAUUUAGAAUGAUGUCAACUCCUAGAGGUAGAAACGUAGGUGGUCUUGAUAAACAAUCAAUCAUCCCAGGGCUCCGCGGUUUAACACGCGCAGAGUGUAUGAGUGUGAUUGGCUGUCGCUGCACUCUUUUAUUUGUUAGUGGACUGGAUCUCAAUGUAUCCAGGAUCAUAACGAGAAGUGUUGUGAGCCUGUCCUGACCGGUUCACUUCAACAAAUAGCAGCAACUAAGGCAACACCUAUAUAAUUAAAAAUAUGAUCUAGGAGUGUGCUAUCGCACAAUCCCAAAAGGCCAUAUAGUGUAACCUAGUGCAGCUAUUGUGUAAGAGCUGUUAUAGCCCCAACAGCAAGCACAAUAUAGCAAUCCAAAGUAUUCUUCCACAAAGCGCAGCUUGGUUAUAGGGGCCCACUAGUGCAGCCCAAAUGUAUUCAGAGUACAGACGUUUCGGGAGCCCUGUCCCUUUGUCAAUGAUAAAUGCUCUCUAUAAUUAAUCAUCAGGUUAAAUUAUGAAUUCUAUAUCUUUGGGAGCUUUUAAGGCAGUACUGCCUGUCUAUAGAUCCAGCCUCGUCAUUAUCAGAGGUCCUCUGGUGUUACACUACGAUGAUCCCGCCGUCCUCCUACCUCUCUCCAACAAGCAGGGCAGUCCUUCCCCAUUAAUACAAUACUUUGGAUUAAUUGCCAGUGUAUUGGUAUCAGAAUGAAGUCAGGUUCUACUUCCAACACAAGCUACAGACACACUUGCUAGAGAUGUGACCAUCUCAGCUACAUCUCAUGUGCUGUAGUUCCUGUUACAGAGAGCAGGAGAAUGGCUGUAGGAAGGUUCUCCCCUGUCACUCAGUUGUCACAUUGACCUUUGCCAUUGGUAUAGAGCCCUAUGCUGGGAGAGUGCAGAAACUUUGAAACCAUUUUACUUAAAAUAUAUUAAAUUUUCUAGCUCAAUGUAUAGAAUAAUUUAGUUUUAUCUAUAAUUUAACAUUAACUUGUGAGUACGAUAACUGCAAGAGAGUUGUCAUUCUCGCCUGUUCCAAUCAGCACUAGACCUGCAAGCAAAGAAAACGAUAAAGCUUGCUAAUCUCCAUGACAAAACUUUGAAUCGUGAAUCCAAAUAUAUAGCAGACCUAAGCCUAGUCUCCAGACUGAAAAUUGAGUGUUGAAGAAUGUUUGCUAUAAAAACCCUAAAGAAUGUAAUUGGCCACACUGACAUGGCACCAGAGACCGUAGCGCAGUAUAAGGGAGAAGCACAUGGUCUUAGAGAGUCAUUUUGGGCCAAACCACAAUCUAGUUGAAUAUGGGGCGAUCUGGUGAUCGGCUAAAUCCCCCAAUUUACCCGAAUCACAAUCCAUCUGAACCAAGCAAUACAUAAAAGAACACUAUAUUGUUAGGAGUACAAACAUGUACUCCUGUCGCUAAAGAUGUAAAAAGACCGUUUAGGUCGCGGCCCUUCUUGUAUCCCUUUAAAAAAGUAUUUUACUUCCCUUUUCUCCCAUGCUGUGCUGGUCUUGCAGUGACUGGCCCCGCCUCCUUGGCUGAGAUCAUCAUAUUUGACAAUCUCCACUAAUCCAAUGCUUUCUCCUAGGAGUUUAAAGGCAGAGCAGCCCAGUUGCAGGGGGCGGGGACAAAAAGUGGACGUUUCAUGUCAUCAAUAAGGACAUUUACGCCACCUCAGAGGGAGUAUAUUGGCCGUACCUCCAGGGCAUUUCAUGUGCAGAGCCCUGAUGAAGAGCACUCGCACCAAUGCUCUGUGUUUAUUUUACACAGCACCAGAGGGAUAACAGAGGACAAAAGUGGUGUGUGACCAGUAAAGGGUGUUGUGCAUGUGUGGGGAGGCUGUCUGUGGCACUGUAUGUGGUUGCAGGCUGAUUGUGAGAUUGCGUGUGCAUAGCAGUGACUGUUUGUGGUGGUGUGUGUGUAAAGGAGUCUGGUGUACUAUGUGUGGCUAGGGACUGUAGUGCGUAUAUGUUUCCACUGGAUGUAAAGUGUGUGCGUCUAGGGUCUGUCGAGAUUGUGUGUGUCUCUAACGGUUGUAGAGAGAGAGAGAAAGCAUGUGUGUAUUUGUAGUACAUCUAGAGGGUGUAGUGUGCAUGCAUGUGUAUCGGGACUAGUGUGUGUGUGUGUGUGUGUAUCUAGGGGCUGUACCAUGUUACAGGAGCUGUAAUGUGUGUUUUUUAUGUAUAGGGGCUAUAAUUUGUGUGAAGAGUAGUUUGUGUUUCAGGGUAGCUUGCGUUUGUAUAGGGGCUAUAGAGUGUUUGUUAGUCUAGAGGGUGUAUGUGAUUGUCUAUGUUGUGUAGUGCCUCUAGACCAGGGGUUCACAACCCAGUCCUCAAGGACCUCCUGCCAGUCCAGAUUUAGGGAUUACCUGGGUGUGUCUAAGGUGUUUAGAAAAAGGGAAAAAAAACACCUUUGAGUCUUUUUCUAAACACCUUAGACACACCCAGGUAAUCCCUAAAUCCAGUCCUCAAGGGGGUCCUUGAGGACUGGGUUGAGAAUCCCUGGUCUAGAGGGUGUGUGUGCAUCUGAGGGUUGUAGUGUGCGUAUACGUGUGACGAACUGAACCUCGUCACGGGCUCUUGGAUAUUCACUCUGGGGAUUGCGAUAUCACUAUACUCCCUUGGAUUACAACACUUGCUCUUGUAAGAGCUAUCCUGCUUUUACUCUCUGGAUUGGGAGAGGUCUAGCCACUGGAAGCUGGAUCCUUGUCUUGGGUCCAGGGUGGGUGGAGGACAGCGAGACCUCAACCAAGCUGUAACGCUGACUGCAGGGUUUGCGGUGGUUAUGGUGUCUGGUGGAGUGCUUAGGAGUACUCGGUGUUGCUAGGAAGCAGCGAUUGGCAGAGGCACCCAGUCGGGGUGCCAGGCAGUCCGUCACUAUACGUGUAUCUAAUGUUUAUGUGUGUGUGUGGCCACAGUGAGUUUGCAUUAGCACUGCUGUGUGUGUAUAAGGGUCUUUAGUAUGUAUUUAUUGGGCUGUUGUGUAGGGGGGCAGCAGCUUACAGCUCAUAGUCUGCAGGGUCUGACUAUAGACAUUAAAGGACCACUAUAGUACCCUGAGGGUGCCCCCACCCUCAGGGCCCCCCUCCGGCCGGGCUCUAGGGUGAAGAAGGGGUUAAACACUCACCUUUCUCGGCGCUGGGGAGUCUCCUCCCUCUUCUGAUAUCAUCAGCUGAAUGCGCAUGCGCGGCAAGAGCGCAGUCAGGCAGUUUCCUAUGGGCGCUGGCGUCUUCUCACUGUGAAAAUCACAGUGAGAAGCUCGGAAGCGCCUCUAGUGGCUGUCAAUGAGACAGCCACUAGAGGCUGGCUUAACCCUAAACUAAACAUAGCAGUUUCUCUGAAACUGCUAUGUUUACAGCAGAAAGGGUUAAUCAUAGAGGGACCUGGCACCCAGACCACUUCAUUAAGCUGAAGUGGUCUGGGUGCCUAUAGUGGUUCUGGUGACUACAGAGUCCCUUUAACAUGUCGUGAUUUUGAAUUCUGUCCAUGGCACCAAAAAAAGAUUGCUGGGAUGAUUGAUGGUUAGUCCCUAAAUGUCAACUUUAUUGACCAGUCAAUAUAUAAUUUUAUUUUUUUAACUGUAUUUAACUGCUCUUCCCUUUUUAUUUAGUUAUUUUUUUCUCAGUGAACCAAAUGGUGGGAAAAUGCACCUAUCAAUGAACUGCAAAAUAUAUGCAUAAUAUUAUUUUUUGUAGCACACCGUGGAGCCCAUUUCCGCACACCAAAUGGCCCAUUUCCGCACCUUUUUGUAACCGAUCAUCUGGCACCCCGACUGGGUACCUCCGUUGAUAGAUGCUCCUAGCGCUUCUUGAGGAUUCCAAGCACUCUAGCCAACACCACAACCACUGCAGGCCAAACCUCUCUUCCUUCAGAGCGAAGCAGGAACAAGCUCUUAAAAGAGCUUUCUUUUCUUAUUUUGAUUCGGUUUCAGUACCAACAUAUGGACGAAAUCGGGUUCUCUGAAAAAAAUCUCAGCGUGCACAAGUCUAGAAGCCACGUCUUUGUAGCCAUUGGGUCUUUCCAAGAUCCGACUCCAAAAACACAAUGUCUCAUUAAACAAUGAGAGCGGGGAGCAUAGAGCUUCUCAUAAUUAAUUAAAGCUGUACUCCAUCUAGCUGUGACAUUUCAGAAAAAAGUGGAACAUUUGGUCCUUAAAGGGUUAAAGCAAAGAUAAUGUGCAGAUGGCAUUUGAUAUUCACCAUACCUACACAUUUUUACCCUGACAUAUUUUCCAUCAAUUUUUCAGGAGGUUUCGACUUAUGGAAUCUAGAUGAGAGUGGAGGAAAUGGAUGGAAAGUGGAGUUUUUGAAGGAACCCAAGGUUAUGAAGCUCGGUGAAGAUAAAAUUAAGAAAUACUUUGUUACCUCUCAUAGGUAAGAGCCAGGCAUCUGAUAUUUCAGUUUUGGAGAGGCAAGGAUUUUGUCACUUCCCAGGAUAUUUUUUUUAUUUAUUUUUUUUUAUUUUUUUUGCAGUGCAGAGAUUUAACACAAACAGGCGAGAGGUGCCCCAAAGGCAGUCCUCUAGCUUUUCCCACGCGUAACAUGCGGGGCACAAGAUUAACAUGCACAAUUUUAUGCUUUAAUCAGGUUUUUUGCAUUCGAGUAUCAGAGCAGAUUGAAGAUAUGUUUAUGCUAGGCUGAACGUGUAUGUAACAAAGUUAGGUUUGCUGAGGCUUAGAAAUACGAUUUAAUAGGGAAGACAGCUCUCACUUUGUAUAUCAUGCUUGCCUAAACAGUUAUGUUGUCAAAAUACGAUUAGCUAGAGUAAAAUAAAACAAAACAAUAUAAUCAAUGUUUAACGCUGAGUAAAUCUGCCUUUGUGGUAGGUAUACUGAUGAACACUGAGAACAUGUCUAGGCUCUAGGCUGCUUGUAUCUGCCGGUUACAAUAAUAACAAGCUGAAAUGUGUUGCAGUAGUGACAUACAGGUUAGGUUGUGGCUGAGUAAAAUAAUGUACCAUAUCUUAGCUUGUCACUGGCUGCCAAUAUAAAGAUAUCUCUGAUUGCUAAGAGAGAGCGUGUAAAGGGUAUAACCGGCUGCCACCAUAGGACAUUUGCAAGGUAUCACUUAUUGCCUAUAUAACUCAUAUAAAAGGAAGUACUGUUUGCCAUUAUAAAACAAAUAAAAGAUAACACUGGAUGCUUGUAUAAAACAUAUAAGGAGAAUCCCUAUUUGCCAAGACGUGUUAAGGCUAUCUCCGAUUGCUAAGGAAACCGCUGUUUCGUAUGGCCCCAGUCCCUUUCGGUUGUCAGAAUUUUAACUGUAGCUUAACAUUGACAUUAUUGACCACCUGGGUAUCAACGACUAGGGUAUAUCAGUAAGUCCUGAGGGGGGCACGGGUACCUCGCUCAGGAGCAUGUGGCACUGUCAGCCAAUGCCCUGGCUUGGCAGGUCCGCGUCUACCCUGGGAACCGUUAGUUGCUGGCCUUGCUUCUUCGCCGUGCAGAGUCCUGCAUGUCUGGUGUAGAUGAAGACAUCCAGGUAGUCACUUAAGGCCACAGUGGUGAGGAGGGAGUUCGUCCCUCGGGCUUGUAUUAGGGUGAGAGUCUCGUCGCUGCAGGCCCUGUAACCGCCUGUUGUCAGCUGUCGUCCAGAUUUGGGCCUCAUGUUGAGGUUCUGUCUCGAUAGGGCAGGGCUGCAGCGUCUCUGCUGCGGGGAUCCUCUCCUGCCCCGUGACUGUGGGAGAGCUGGCGAUCGUAGGCCACGAGCCUGCAACCUUCUUGGUCCAGGGUUGGCCCUUUCGGGUUGGUGCAGGGAGUCAGAUCAUGUCGCUGAGGUAUUUGUUUUUCUUCUCUCCGCUGGUGUGGCCGGUGCCUCCGGGGUACUCCCCUUCUUGCUCUCAGCCCGAGAUGUGGGUGUUCGAUGCGGGAUUCUUAGUUGCCCUGGAGAGGGCUCCCAUUCUUCCAUCCGCCAUCGGCUCUUUCCCUCCUGGGUGUCGCUUGACCGGGCAUUGCAGGUUGUGAGCGUGCCUGUAGUUUGGCCCAGAAACGGUCAAAGAUUAGUGUGAUGGGAUCUCUUGCGUGAUCUCCGGUGUCCCCUGCAUCCAGAGGUCGCUGUCGCUUGUCGGACACCGUGUCGGAUUGAACCGCCAGCUUGGGCGCCCCCGUCCUCCUGUCACUUAUGGAGGUCUUUAUGCUUGUCUGUUGGUGCAGGGUUUGGGGUUGGCCGCCAGGCGGGGACCGGGACCAGGAUAUCCCCCACCGGUCCAUGGGGUGUGGUUUGCAUUCAUGUGUUGCAGUUGGAAUCUGGCGGGAAGGCGGCUGUCCUUCCCCCCCUCCCCCCCCCCCCUUCUUCCACUGGGCCUCAUUUUACCUCUGCGGUUCUCGGUCGAGUUGGGCUUCAAGUUUGGUACCGGGAUGUUUGUAGUUGCUUCCACCGGCAGGUUUGUGUGGAAAUCUCAGAAGUUUAAUCUCUGGUUAUUUGCAGAAUUUGGGCCUACACUGCAGGAGCUCUUGCAAUGUGCUUCUAGUUAGCUUGCCUGUUCAGCUCCGCCCCCCACUUCCCAGGAUUUUUAAUAACAAUAUGUUUAUUUACAAAUAUGUGUCUGUGAGGUCUGAAAAAUAAAAUGAAAUGUAAAAAUCAAUGUGGCUGUAUUUGGCUCUACCUGGAAAUGUCAAUCAUAGUUUCAAGCUCCUCCUUUGCAAGUGUCAGUCAGCGCAGAGAGAUGGGGAGCGACACAAAAUAUUUAUUGUGAUCCUCACUGCAUGCACUGUUUGGAAAAAAUGACAUCGGAAGACUGGAGCGGACUGUACGAGGGACUGCAAUGGGCCUUGUAGUUGCAGUGAUUUAAGACAGACUCUCAGAGCUGCAUUAACUUUGCAAUAAUACAAUGCUUAGACUGACAUUUAGGAAAAAGUGGGAAGUUGUUCUGCAGUAAAACCAUCCCAAAUGGAUAAUGGAUGCUGCGUCCAUUAAAUAUACUAAGAACCCGUAGAGUGUAUUUUUGUGAUACAAAAGACAGAUGUAUUCAAAAACCAAAGUGCAUACAGUGAAGACCAAUAAAUGUUCUGAGAAGCUACAAAAUACCCCAAACACUUCCUCUUGUCUUUCACUGGGGUGUGUGUGUGUGUGUGUAUCUAUCUAUAUAUAUCUAUAUCUUUUUUUUUUUUUUUUUUCUUUUUCAAAAUGUAUAUUUUCGGCCUAGUGUUUUUUGCCCGUUUUUAAAUUGUUAAAUUAAUGAUGGGUUUCUUUGUUUUUUCUCCAUAGUAGGUAAAAUAAUGGCGUUUUAAUGAACCGUAGCACAGUAGUGAUGUUUGAAUACAAUGUGUAUUUUCCAGCUUUUACAAACAGUAGAAUUAAGUGUUGCCUUUGUCUCCAUGAUCAUAACCUAAAGAAAUAAAAUAAUCACAACUAAUGUGCGUAUCUUUGUAUAUAAUUUACAUUUUGGCUGUUUACAGGCAGUGUUUGAAAUCACAGCUUAUUGACCUCCGACAAAUGGGCUAUAGAAACAGUUUCAUUGACUUCAUGCAACCAGAGAUUGUGAUUAGCGACUGGUGAGAAGACCGUCCGUCCCCCACCCCAACCCCGAGUUUUUAUUUUCUUUAUUACAGCUUAUCCAGCCAUCGCUGGGCUCAUUUUCCAUCUUGCCCUCUGUGUAGGUACGCCCCCAGACUGGACAGUGGGGCAAGGUACAAACUGCGGGUUCAACUGUUAUCAGAGGACAAAAAAGUCCUAAAAGAAUUUUGCCCAGAAACGAUCAUCA